AUGCAAGCAGAGGAAACUGCUUUCCUCUUUCCCCCCCUGCUGUCGCCCGACGUUUCGCUGCCUUCAGGCGCACCCGGCUCGUUCUUCGGUCGAAUGGGUCGCGGAGGCAUCAAGAAAAUGGACCGCGGGUGGUCGCUCAAGGUAAGUUCAUGGGACAGAAAAAAGCAGGCAGGAACUGUGCCACUGCUUACGAUACUGGAAAGUUCGAAGCCAUUCAUUCAUUGGUCUGGGCUGGGGCAGCGCCAUACUUGUUCCUUCUAUCGUGGCCGCCACACGGGCAUCGCAGCACGCUUGGCAUAUGAUCCACUGCACAAGGCUCUGACGGUCGAGCUUAAUUCUCGGCUGCCACGGCACGCGGCUUGGAUCACCCCCUUCCGCCAUCUUGCUCAAUUAGGGCGUAUAAGUGAAGGGCAUCCUCUGAUGGUCUUGGCUAUGCUCCCGCCGGAUGAUCAUGCAGCAAUGAUUUCCGCCUGCUGUACGACCCAUCCCCCACACUCUGCUGUCGGCGAACUGCCACAACCCGGAAACGAGGUCCAGGUCAGCAUCAUAGUGACGGGAUACAACACAUUCCUAUGCCUCUUGUCGUCCGGAUAUCUGUGCUUGGCAACUGUCCACGCCGAGGCAGAACGCCGACUCUCUCCCAUCCCACCAGACCCAUUAACCUUUCGGAUUCUGCACUUCCGACCGCCCUUUACAAAUACUGCGGCGAAUACAAAUAAUCGCCACAUGCCGAACAGCUACCCUGGCAUGCCCAGCAUGACCAAUGAUUAUGCCGCUUGGAUGCAGCCAGCCUGGAGACGACAAGUUUACGUCAAGCUUUUCCUUCUAGAAAACGGCAAGGCGCCAUCCUUUUUCCACAUUCGGCCAAGUACUAACGACUUUGGUCCCUGCAAAUGGGCCUUGGAGUGGAGCCAGCGCUGGCUGGUAUCUCGCUGGCAGCAACGCCUACCCCCUGAAGACAUUCUCUCUGCAUUUGUCCCGCACUGGCAAUAUAUGUAUUUGCUUGGCGGACUGCCAUUGACUUUGUCAGACCCAGACUUGGGCCAACAUCUGGGGUUUAAGGUUCAACCUUCUCAAAGCAUACCAUCAUCAUUCUCACCUCAGCCAAGCCAAGGACUUUCAGGCACAAGAUACACAUCGUGCCUCGACCACGAUAGUGUCACUUGCAACUUCAUGCCACCUCAGUCUCGGCCUAAGCUGCAAAGUCCGAAAUGCCUUGGAGUACGCAACGUAGAUCAUGCCAUGACGACAGCUGUGCAGGAGUACUGCACAUGCUUGUUCAGCUUCGGCAUGUUGGCGGGAGGUCCAGAACGCUCUAUCCGAAAGGAAUCUUCAGCGAUCAGAAUGCCAGCUGCAACUGGUGCAGUGUUAUCAUGCACCGCCACGAUUCAAAAUAAGCCUGCGAACCUACUAGAAUUUGGCUUCGUCUCCGCGUUGCGUUGCGAAACCUGGGAGAGGCUAAUAACGCCAAGUACACUGGGCAUCCUGGUCGUUCUCUGCAUCCCGAAAACAACCACACGUCACACCAGGUUGACGGGCCAUCGAUUCUUUAUUGAAGCUGAUCUCCACACGAUAUUGGUCCAGGUCGUUGCCAGCAAACGCAUACCCCGUCGCCUAAUUCAAGUACCGUGCCGAUACUCGAGUCCCACUCUCGCUACUCUGUUGCCACUCUCUGAAUCAUACAACCAUGCGAUAUCACGACCCUCGGCUGCCAUUACCAACAGAAUGCUAUCGAAUAGUUCUCUCUUCGAGAAGCUUCGAUGCUCCGCACCAAUGUACAUAUACGACCAGGAUUCAAGUUGGUGCUCCUACCUCAGAGCCAGCCUAGGACGUGGGAGAAAUAUACAGGUGGCCUUCUCACUGACUCAUAGUUCUAUGCGGAUCGAUGCUCUGAGAGCGCCCUUGCAUCGUCUCGACUCAGCCUCGGUGCCCAACGCUCAUGUUUUCGGCUACAUAAUGGCGAAGAUGAACAGCGGAGCGAGGCCAAGUGUCAUUGUUGCUCAAGAAUUAUGCUGUGUUGAGAUUGUCAGAAUAGGAACCUUCGCUGCGCUACAAGUGCCAAGACGAGCGAAAAUGAUCGAUAUCCAUCAUCAUGAAGUAGGAACGUGGCCCACUGCUGCUCCGGCCAAGCAAAGCCUACAGAAUCUCAGCAAACGAUCGCCUUCUGUGCUCGCAAUAAGCCGUCUUCCUUGCAAUACUAUGAUACAUUAUGAUAUACACCCCAUUCGGGCACCACGAUAUGUUCUCGAGUACGCCAAGAAAUGGAGAAACUCAUAUGUAGCGAUGCAGAACGCAUUGCGUUUCGGAGACGCAUACAUGUGUCUACGUAUGCCCAGCAAUCCUACCAAGCUCCGUCCCGCUUGUGGAUUAAACGGGCGCUCAUGGCUUGCAUCAACUCCACUUGACUGCUCCCGCGAGGAACAUGCAAAGAAGAACUCUGCCACGGCGCAGGAAACCUUCACAGAACAUGCAGCCUUGGAUCCUCCGCUUGGACCAGCGCAACACACGUGGCAUCCGAACUUCAAACUCUUCCCCCUCCACAACCACUAUCUGCAGACUUCAUCUUAUGGUCCGGCUGCCACCCAGAUUGCCAGCCACGAAACAGACGCUCGGAGUGUUGCGGAAGUGAACAAUCUGGUGUCAUCUCGGCGGUAUACCAACUUGACAGUCUACUGCACACUCAUUCACUUUGUUGACUCCACCUCCACUGCGUCGGGCAGCGAUUUGAAAAAAAAAACCCCUCCAAAAUGGGCAUUAUUGCUCGAGAAUAGCAAAUUAUUUAGAGUUCCAUCCAGGCAUUACGGUACCAUUCUGUCCGCUUCGAGGAACGCUUACUAUCAUCAACUGCGGGACACUAACUCCAAAAUUGCACCAUGCAUGAUUUGUACUGAUGCUGCCACUACUGGAGAGGAUUGCCAUAGACGUCAGCAUACAAAUGAUGGCUUGCAUCAUGCACGGGCAAUCGCACCAUCUCGUAGAUCGACUGGGUAUUCCAUCUUCACCUUCCGGAGAAUCAGUCCUGAUCUGGACUUGUAUAUCGAAUGGGAAACGGCAACCCGCUGCAGCGCUUGCAAACGUGCUCCUUUUGGCCAUCGCAUCGUGCCCAAACUACUCUUGUCUAACAUGGCAAACUUUGAGGGUAAAGCACAGCGAACCCUAAACAGGAUUCGUCGUGUGAAUUGUUACGCAUCGGCUAUGACCGAGCCUCAGCAAUCGUCGAUCGGAAGAAUGAACAAUGCAUCGCGGAAUGAUCGCGGUAGGGCACAAUAUCCACAUUCGUGGUGGUACAGUAAGGAAAAGUUUCCGCCUCAUGCCACUAUGGAGAGUGCAUACGCAACACGCAUCAUUCAGCUCAUAUCUCAUUUUGAGGCUCAUCAAGCUAUGAGUUCAGAGCUUGCUUGGCCGUCUGCCGGCUCAACCAUAUCGAAUAGCCCGCUUCCAUCCCCGAUGAUGGAUCUUGAAAUUAUGCCAUUUCCAACUGACGUCCCGGCUUUGCGGAAUGUCGUAGACCUUUUGCGCAUGGAGAUGAAGGCAGCGAAAGCUUCUUAUGUCACCGAUAACUAUUCUUCUUCUCGGGAAAGUCGUCAAAAUCAGGGUCGACGUCUCUAUCGUCUUCGAACAGCUCCGCCAGGUCUGAUGACUCAGAUUCGGAAGAUGUUGGGGAUUCUGACGCCGAAGGCCUUCGGACGCCAAUCGAUUCCCCAUUCCCACCGUGAUAGACCGUCUCGAGCCAAGGCGCCGUUGUUAGCGCCAAGAUCAAGAAAGAUGCUGGAGUCCGAGUUCAUGACGAUACAACGCACGCAGUUCCAGAUUGUGUACACUGGCUGCACGUUCUCGUCGGCCAUUCUUGAGCGUUUCGAAAAGUCGAUGGCACUAGGUGGCUCAGCAAUAUCGCGAAGGCUACUGGAGACGAUUGCGAGAGUACGGAGGUCGUCGUGGAGCUUUUCUCCAUUCGCGGCGAAUUACAAUGGAAGUCCUGAUGAUGAUGAGUCAGUGAGCAGGGAUGCGCGUUGCUUUCGCGCCUCCAACCGUGUCGUUCCUCCGCCCAGAAUCGAGGCUCACCUCACUCUGAACCGAGCUUCUUUUUUUCCUUCGGCCAUCAGCACGUUGAUAGCCACACACCAUCUGUCGUUGGAACGAACAAGAAGAGAGACUAGACUUGGCAACCAGAGAGGCAUAGCAUCCAUUCAACCGCACUGCUUUGCACUCUGGAAGUCAGGGCCUCUAGAUAUCAGGGAGAGACUGCUGCAGCACGUUCUAUCAUUUCCUUGUCAUCCGCCAAUGUUUCACGGCCCUGCUUUCCCGCUGCUCAGCACACUCAUUCGCCACCUUCCUGCGCCCUGGCCUGGUCUCAUGUCAAGCUGCACUGGCUCACAAGCUACCAAAAGAUCUAACAUGAGCCCAGAGGUCGUACUCAAGCGCAAAAAGGUCGAUCUUGUGAUUCUAUCACAAGAUACUCUAUCACAAGAUACAUGCUGCUACCACCGCGAAUCGAACGCGGACCUCGCACAAGAUGCUUUUGGCAAGCGCGAAUUGUACCAUUCAACCAUGGCAGCGACUUCUGAUUGA